AGACCGUGAAUUUCUGUUCAUUAGUGGAUUUUUUUUUUUUUUUUUGGCUGGAAACUUCACGGGAGGAGAACGUGUCGUUUAAUAUAUAUUUAUUUGCAUUGCGAUUGUUAUUUCCAAUACAGGCAUAAAUAAAUAAAGAUAAAAACAUUUAUCCUGGCUCAUAAGAGCUAAGAUGAAAUUUGAAAAACGACAAAACAUAUCACUUGAUAAGUUGUAGAGAAACAAAGGAACAGACACUGAAAAAAGGACAAAACAAGAGAGAGAAAAAAGGAAGAAUCCUCCCCCCUCCCCCCCUGCAGUAACGCCGUGCCAACAGCCCCUUCAGCCAUGGCCAAAGCCCGGAAGACGAACCAGGACACACGCCUCCGGCAGAAGGGCUACGGCGUGGAGGUGCUGCUGCUCCUGGGAACCCUGGCGCUGAGUCUGCCUGCGGGGUCCUGCCAGAACGCCAACGUCAAUCUACAGGUCCUGGAUGAACUCCUUCAGCAGUACGACAGAAGAGCCACGCCAACCAAUCAUCUCAACAGUGCCACGACAGUCAAUUGCGAAUUGUACAUCAGGAGCUUCGGAUCCAUCGACCCCAACUCCAUGGACUACCAGGUGGACCUGUACCUGCGGCAGUCGUGGGUGGACGAGCGGCUCAACCACGACGACAUCAAGCAGCCGCUCGACCUCAACGACCCCAACCUCGUCAAGGCCAUCUGGAAGCCCGAGGUCUACUUCCCCAACGCCAAGCACGCCGAGUUCCAGUUCGUCACCGUGCCCAACGUCCUCGUCAGGAUCAACCCAAACGGCGAGAUCCUCUACAUGCUCAGGCUGAAGCUGGUAUUUGCGUGCAUGAUGGAGCUUUCGAAAUUCCCGCUCGACUCCCAAGUCUGCACCAUGGAGAUUGCCAGCUUCUCGAAGACGAUGAAGGAGCUGAGCCUGUCGUGGAAGAGCGACGCCCCCAUCAAGAUGUACAAGAACAUGCGGAUGCCGCAGUUCGAGAUGGAGGAGAUCGUCCCCACCACCUGCCAGGAGUCCUUCCAGAUCGGUAACUACAGCUGCCUGGUGGCCGAAUUCCACAUGCGGCGCGCCAUCGGCUUCCACCUGGUGCAGAGCUACCUGCCCACCACGCUGAUCGUGGUCAUCUCGUGGGUGUCCUUCUGGAUGGACGUGGACUCCGUGCCGGGGAGGACCACGCUCGGCGUCACCACGCUGCUCACCGUCUCCUCCAAGUCGUCGGGUAUCCAAGCCGGACUACCGCAGGUGUCCUACGUGAAAGCCAUUGACGUGUGGAUGGGUGCUUGUACAGCCUUCGUGUUCAGCGCUCUCCUGGAGUUCACCCUGGUCAACUACCUCUGGCGUCGCCGGCCCCUGGGGGAGUCGAAGACUUCCACGGGCCCCAACGGCAACUGCAUGCGCUCCUACAACUCAAAGUUCCCCUGCGGGACGCCAAGCCCCAACGAGUCCAAGACGGUGGUGGAAAGCCUGGCCAACUCCCCCGGCCUCACUCCCGUCGGGGGCGCUGACGUGAUGGGCGAGCGGGGCAACAUGGCGCAGGUGAUGCGAGCCUUCAAGCAGACGAACAAGAUCAGGGCGCGCCAGAUCGACGAAUACUGCCGCGGCAUCUUCCCGCUUUUCUUCGGCCUCUUUAACAUCUUCUACUGGUGUUACUAUUUGCUGUAAGAGAAAUGAAUACCCAGGCUUCACCGUAGACUCCAGGCUGCGUCCCAGACCCCACGUCGUGAUUUAGGACCCAGAGACCCCGGCUCAGCUUCGCGACCCUCGGUGUACUUAGGACCCAGCACCACGUCAUGUGCAUCGGCCUUCUGUCAGGAUCAUCUGCCCUGCUGUCGAGGGGGGAAGGCAUCGCUGACUUUACAACUGCUUCGAUUAGCAGCUUAGAUUUUGGUUGAUUUCUUCCCCCCCUUCCCCCCCGCCAACAGUCCUCCAACAAUGCCCCAACAGUCACCCAACUUUUCCCCUUCUUGCACCAACACUCAAAUCAUUUUUUCGCUCUACAUUUCAGGAUUCACCAUCUCCCCUUACUUCCACACGUACUCAAAUGCACAAAAUAUGUACACAGACACAAGAAAGAGACAAAUAAGAGUAUACUAUCACUCAUCCCCAUAAUGGACCUGUUCAUUAAUCUAGACGUGCACACGGUGUGCAUCCUACCUAAGAUGGAAAGAUUAUGUUAAUAUUCUAUUUGAAGGACCAUAAUAUAAUACUGUUUUAAAAGGAGGAUAUA